GUGGAAGUGGACGAGAACGGGAGGAUCGUCGAUGCCCGUUUCAAAACCUUCGGCUGCGGGUCGGCGAUUGCGUCAAGUUCGCUGGCGACGGAGUGGGUCAAAGGGAAAACGGUUGACGAAGCGUUGAAAAUCAAGAACACAGAUAUCGCUAAAGAGCUCUGCCUUCCUCCAGUCAAACUGCACUGCUCCAUGUUGGCUGAAGACGCAAUCAAGGCUGCCUUGGCCGAUUACAAGUUGAAGCAAGAUCCAAACAAAGAAGAGGCAGAGAAGAAAGCAACCAAAGCCUGA